CGUCAAUCACGGUCAUUUGCAUGGCUGGUGUGGGAGUUCCCUGGAGUUGGAGAUGGAAGGGGAAAGGCUUCUACCAAGCGGAAUGAAGGUCUGCUGUCUUUUGGAGUGUGAGUAACAGGGCAGAAGCAUGGCUGCUGCAUUCCUGGAUGGUAAGGAUGCUCACUCCAUCCUGAAGCGUUUCCCUCGAGCCAAUGGCUUUCUUGAGGAGUUGAGACAGGGGAACAUCGAGAGGGAGUGUGGUGAGGAGAGCUGCAGCUUCGAAGAGGCCAAUGAAGUGUUUGAGAACAAAGAGAGAACGAUGGAGUUUUGGAAAACUCGCAGCGUCUACACGGUGAGCAGCAACAGCGAGGGACGCUCUGAGCGUGCCGACACCGUCUACAUGGUGGUACCUCUGCUGGGAGUGGCCCUGCUCAUCAUCAUCGGCCUCUUCCUCCUUUGGAGGUGCCAGCUUCAGAAGGCCACUCGUCGACGCCCCGCCUACACCCAAAACCGCUACUUGGCCAACAACCGCAACACCCGCAGUCUGCCACGAAUUCUGGUUCACCGGGAAGCACAUAGUGAAAGCUCGCACCAGGAGUCCAGUUCACGUCCCACUGUGGUGGUGAGCGGUGCUGAGAGAGGAGCAGGUUCCCAGUCGGACUCUCGUGGCCUCCACCAGCAGAACACUUGUGCCCUUUAUGUCCAGGACUCCUCUAUGUCAGUGGCCUCACGGUUGUCCGGCGCAACACCACCUCCAUCUUAUGAAGAGGUGACAGGACACCUGGAAAGCAGUGGUGACGAGACCUCAGCACCUUCAUACAGCGACCCUCCACCCAAAUAUGAGGAGAUUAUAAAGGAGAAAUGAAACCAAGGCAACAAUAAUGCUGCCAUGGCUGUUGCUCCCCCGCUGUGUCUGAAGGAGGUCAGUGCUGCCAGAAGAGCAGCUUCUGCCUCAGUUGGUGCUGCUGGCUGUGGGUUGCUGUAACCCAUGUUGUAAUUCCCACUUUUCUGCACCAUACCUUUGUUUCACUCAUAGGUGCAACCUAAAGCCAGUCACUGCCAUGAUUAUAUGUGCCACCCAGGAUUAUUGUUCAUAGUUGACCCUAAACACCUAAUGAGAUAUUUAAUUUCUUUGUCUUCAUUUUGCUUUGGCAAACUGAAUGGCAGACUGUGUUCCUGGUGCAGGUGCAGCGAGAUACAUGGAAAGGGUCUGGCAAGCAGCACGCUCACUGAUCCAUCUUUGGACCUUGUAGCAGGCCAGAAAAGUGAACGGGAUAAUUUGAGGUGGCAAUGAAGCUCCAUGCUGCAGCUGGGCUUUUACACUUGCAGAGCAGUCACUGUGACUGUAAGGUUUCCUUGGCAGUGUGCAUAUAUGACUUUAAACUGUAUAUUCACAGUCAGUAGUGGAAGUAUUGGACCUUGAGCCACAGCUGUUGUUUAGUUGGACAUUCUCAUGGUUUAUUGUUUUAGAUCAUUUACAAGUUUGGUUUUUGCAGAUAAAAUAAAAAAGUGACUCUUGUGUGAAGGCGAGAUUAAAAAGCACUUCUCAACCUUAAAGGAAAGAACCAUACGAUACAUCUUCUAAUGCUAAAUCCCUAUUCCACUUUAGAUCAUUCAGCUACCAACAAGACUGAGCUCAUUUACUUUCCGAAUACUUGCACUAUUGACUAUUUCAAUCAUUGCGAGGUUUUCUGACCACCUCCACACACCAGCUGUUGUUCACUGCUGUGAGAGGAAAUCCCUGCAGUUGUGCUUCCUUCUCACAACCUCACCAUCACUACGACUACAAAUGUGUGUAGACUGAUCCUAUGAGUUCUUAGUAAUCAUUUCACCAGCGCUGUGCCAUAUAGAGGCAGGUUUAUUUGUUGCCAAAUGUUCAUUGUCUUAACACUUACCUGCUACCUUACUGUGACCACCGGUGUUAAUAUUUGACCAAACAUGUAUGGUGGGAGCUUUGUAUUGACAAGUUUAAUAGAGGGUUGUUGUUUUGAGUCAACCCUCUGAAUUCUUGCGUAUUUGUUGUGAUUGCAGUAUGGGUUAGGAUUGCUGAAAAGUUUAGUUGACACCAGUUUUGAUAGGUCAUUAAUUAAGCAAAAUUUCCAACACAUGCUUAUUCCAGUCUCUCCAAAGGCUGGAUUUGCUGCUUUACUCUGUUUUAUAUCUUCAAAAAUUGAUUAUCUUUGGGGUUUUGGACUGUUUGAUUCAUAUGAUAAUUCAUAAUGAAAAUAACCAAGGCAAGGGUUAAUACAUCAUUCAGCCCCAUAAAGCUGAACAGCAGUAGAGAAUCAAACUCCUGCUUACCAUGAAAACAUGAGUGGACCUCAGAGGUACUCUGACACAAUGAGAAGAAUCACUAUCUUAUUAUGUCAGUCACAAAACUUUCAUCCUCUAAAUCCCUGAGCUUCUCUGUAAAUGACUGUCCUGGUAGUUCAGACAUAUACAGCCCUAAUUCUGUGCUAUGUGCAUUUAAAUUCAUGUACUGUAUGUGUGUAGAUGCACACAUGCACAUUCACGCACGCUCACAAAGAGCACAAUCAGCAGUCCCAGCUCUGUUACACUCACUGUACGAUGAGUCAGUCGAGCACCUUUGUUGCAGUUGCUGAGUGGAUUUGAACUGUGUUUGCCUCAGUCCUGAUAUUAUAAAAUUACCUUGUUUAUAGUUGUUACAUUUCACAGUUUAUUGGAUUUCUUUUAGGGGUUCAAGCCCAAAAGUCCACCUGACUAGAUUUUCUGCCAUUUUUGGCAUCUCCUCCCAGGUUAGAUUUGUACCAGAUUUUUUUAUGGAUCAUUAUUGGACCAAGCUUAUUAAAUUUUUUAAAAGCUUAAUGAUAUCACAUUUUGUUCUGAAGAUUUAGAACAAUGAACUGUAAAGGGGUGUGGCUUAGCACAUAAACAGACCUAACUCCACAGUCAUUGGGCAAGUCGUCACGAAACUUGCAUGAUAUAGGCUCGGACAUACUUUCUGCAUUGAACAUCCACGGAGAGGUGCAGUCACACCAACACGAACUAAAUUCUAUCUUUAGUGAAACUGACAAUCUACUUCAGCACCUGGUGGUAAACAGAAAGGCUGGGAGGGGAGCUUACCCUCCUCUUGCAGACGAUGCCAGGUGAAAGUGAAACUAAGUGAUGCUGCUGGGUCUGGAGUGAAUAUCUGUCAGAUAUCUAACUUGAAACUAACUUCAUUGUGGUUGGCUUGAAAGCAGUGUUUUGGACUGGACUGGACUGUUGAGCAAGAGAUUGGAGCAUGAGCAGUUGCCGUGCUUACUAUGCCUACAGUCCUCGUGGUCACAACAAAUGGGCUGCAUUUGGACAUCCCCACAGGGGUCUGCAUGGACCCUCGCGUACUAGGGUUGAUGACGAGAUUUACAUCACAUGGACCAAAGCUUAUCUCCAGGGACACACACGUGGAAAGUGUGAAUUGGCCUUAUGUCCACUUAAGUACCUUAAACAUACGCCGAAAGUUACAUUCAAAUUGACCAUUAGAGGGCGCCACAACUACAAAAAGUGGGUGUGGCGUAACACAAAUCAGGCCACAAAUCAGAAAUUGUUUGUCCAAUCAUUGCAAAACUCUCAGGAUAUGUUACAUAACAAUGUUUAAACACGUGUGUAAAAUAUUUCUGAAAUCACCCAAUAGGGGAUGCCACCGGUUCCAAACAAGUGCAUUGGUCUGGCGCAACAUUGGACCAUAAAUCAAUGACAGUUUAUCCAAACAUCAUCCUCGGUGGAUAUUUUUAAUUAAGCUGUUGAAGCAUGUCCCUGAAAUGUUUUUGCAGUUGCUCAGUAGGGGAUGACAGUGUUGCCAAAGAAGAGCGUGGCCCAGCACAGAUUUGUUUGUAAAUGAAUGAGCGUUUGUCUGAUGGUCAUAAAACCUGUUAGCUUUCUUUAAUGCAGCUGUCAGAAACUGUCAAACUUUGCAGCUUUUAACCUCUAACGGUCCAUGUUGGCUUGAACCCUGAAGUCGCCGGUUGCGGCUGUAUUUUGUUUUUGCAGUUAGUGUAACAGUAUAGUUGUGUGGACAACAGAUACAAUCAAAGUAAAUAACUGUAAAUAAUAAUGUUACAAAGUCUGAAGACAUGGUCUCACCAUCACUGGAGACAUGACAGUCUGUAAUGCUGACAGAUGUUUAGAGCUGCACUGGGAUGAGAUGCAGAUAUUUAAAGUUUUAAAUGUUUGACAUACUCCUUCCUGAUUAUAAAUCUUUUAACAUGAGGAAAACUGGUGAAGAGUGGAUGUGGUGUUUGGUUGCUGCCUGUCAGGAGACACAUUGGAUAAAUACUAAAAGGUCUCAGUCAGAGGGGAGGGUUUGUCUUGUGUGAUUAACACUGUUCAAGAACCAUGCAAAUUUUUUCCUGCAGUGUUUACAAAAUUUAAGUAAUGUGUUCUUUAGAUUUUUGCAGGCCGUUUUCACAUUCAAGCUGAACAGUUUUAGAUUUUUUGAUGGUUUUUUUGAUUUCACACUGAAUUUUUUGACACUAACACUUUUUCAGAUCUUCAAAACUGUAUUUUGUUUCUAGUUUGAAGGAUUGAUCAAGACUUUUUUUGCUUUGGAUAAAUAAUGAUAUAAGACAUCAAUGAGGUUUGUUAAAUAUGGAGGAGAGCAGAAUAUAAUUUGACCUGUAGCUGAACAGUUUACAGAAUAACAGCCGCUCCCGGUGCGUGUAUCUGCAGCAGCACCCGUGUAGGCUACGUCUCCUGUCUGUUCAUAUUCAGUCAUAUCCUCUAACAUUCUCAAGGGUCCGAAGUCUUAAUUAACUCCGCCCGCUGACAGAAACCAAUACAUGCAGGGAGCACUAAGAAAAAAACAUAAAAAAAAUCUAAAACAGCAGCAUGGUUUGCAAAAUGGUUAGCCAUGAUGAAAAGUACACAUGAUUAGGCCUCAUUCAUAAAUCAUGAGAGGCAGUAUGGUAUAAUUUUGCAUACAAAUGUAAAAUGCUCCUGUUGCAGCUUUAAAUAUUACUGAUGUGUGAAAAAUGGAUGUAUAUGACUGAAAAACAAAUGAUGCUCUACAGCAGGAUUAGUUGUGUUUACGCUGUAUUUGCAAGGCACCAACACUGCCAUGGUUUCUAGAUGGUUCCCUAUUCUUCACAUUCACUAAGAGUCACAUGUUCAGUCUGUGCUUCAGUAACAAGGAGUGUUCAUAUUUUGCCGAGUGAUGUUUACAUUAUAGUGACAUGUUAGUGGAGUUUUACCUCACCGAGUCUGAUAAGGUGCACUUACAGCUUUCUGCCAGUGGCUUAUUUUUGUAUCCUAUUGUACGCUAAGUUAUUCACUGCCUUUUUCUACAGACUGCAACUCUUUCACAUGGGCCUUUGUUUUAACACAUUCCAAAACCAAGUAUUCACUGUUUCAAAUAUAAUAAAUGAGUGAUUGAUUCUGUA